AGUGUUUUUUUGGGCGAAGAUAAAGGGGAUAAACGGAAUACUGAAGUGGUGAAGAGGUUUGAAGGGUUCUGAAUUUGUACACGAUGUUGCAGUCGUGUUUCCAGGCGCGCUUAAAACCUGUGUUGAGCCUCCGGAGUGGGCACAGCUGGUGUCAUCUCACUUUUACCGCUGCAAGUAUGUUUUGAGCAUCAAGUGAGCGUUUCAGAUAAUAUCCCUGCUCCUUUUCCCUUUCUUUGUCUGGGCUAUAGUUUCUUUUUAAGCAGAGGAGCAGAGAGGGACGCACCUAAACCUAAAAGUAUGACCAAAGCUUCCGCGCCCUGACGCGCUCCUCUGAGCGCACGUUGGACCGGUGAGCGUAUGGACUAGUAUGAAGCGCUAUGGCUUGGUGUGACCGCGGGGUUCAAACGCUGCUGGCCAGCUUCGGGGCUUUCGCUGCCUUCAGCCUGAUGACCAUCGCAAUCGGCACGGACUACUGGCUCUAUUCGCGGGCGUACAUCUGCAACAGCACCAAUGCCUCAUCAGACGAGAGUCAGUCGCAGCCCAGAACCAAAAAGGGCGAUCUCACCCACUCCGGGCUGUGGAGAAUCUGCUGUAUUGAAGGCAUCAAUCAAGGCAGCUGUUUCAGAAUCAACCAUUUUCCGGAUGACAACGACUACGACACAGACAGCUCUGAAUACCUGCUGCGUAUAGUUCGUGCCUCCAGUGUGUUCCCCAUCAUCAGCACCUUCCUGCUGAUGUUCGGCGGGCUGUGUGUCGGGGCGGGUCGAGUUUACAACAAGACAAACAACGUCUUCCUCAGUGCAGGAAUUCUCUUUGUAGCUGCAGGUCUGAGCAACAUAAUAGGCAUAAUUGUCUACAUCUCCAGCAAUGCGGGAGACCCCAGUGAUAAACGCGACGAUGACAAGAAGUACACUUACUCUUACGGCUGGUCGUUCUACUUUGGCGCCUUGUCCUUCAUCGUUGCCGAAACUGUGGCAGUCCUCGCCAUCAACAUCUACAUUGAGAGGAACAAGGAAGUUCGCUGGAGGGCGCGGCGCGAGUUCAUCCGUUCGCUCUCUUCCUCUUCCCCGUACUCAAGGAUACCCAGCUUCCGUUAUCGCCGGCGGACAUCACACGCCAGCUCUCAUUCGACGGAGGCCUCGAGGGAGAACUCUCCUGGGGCCGGUCUGAAGGGGAGGCCAUCUUCCAGUGGGCCCCUGGACGAGCUGUCCAUGUACGCGCUGGCGAGGGACAGUGUGACGGACAACACGUACAGCCCAGAACACGGGUCUGGUGCUGACUUCCUCCAGGUCCAUAACUGUUUUACCACUGAUUUAAAGGACGGGGUGAAUCACAGGACCACACCGGUGUGAGGGACAUGCUGCUGCUGAGUUGGAGGGUCAACUAGAAGUGGAUGAACAGGAACUGAUGAAAAUGCAGUGGGUCUGUUGAAGCCUGAGUGCUUGUGAUAGCCUGCCAUCUUAGAGGCACAGUUAUACAAAAAAGAGAAGAGAUUACAGUCAGACAGAUGGGAAAUUAGCAAAUUAACAGAACAUGAGAACAAUUUAUCUGCUUAAAGGGAAUCAUCAAAGCAGAAUAGAGUUACAGAGUGGAUGCUGUAGCUGGAUUGAAAUUGACGCUAUCUGUCAACUGAAAUGCUUUAAUGAGAAGCGUGAGGAUGAAAACCUUUGAUUGUGUAAUAGUUACUAAACAUUGAGGUUGUGAUGUGUUGAUGUGAGCCGAUCAGCAGUAUGCUACCAAGGUGCUAAAAGGAAAUGUACUCUUCAACUUGAAAGUAUUCCAUUUGUGUGUGCAGUUAAAAUGUGGACCCCUAUUUGUAUUGUGUCCUCAUAACCAGUUUGGUUUUGUCUUGUACUCUAAUUUGAUGAAAGAGACAACAGAAACUCUAGCAAUGUCAUGUAUAAGAAUGACUGGCCUUUUAAACAAACAUAAAUUAUCAUAAUUGUUUUGCUUUUUUUCAAGAGUGUGUGGUUGGGGGGCCAGUGUUUUCACAGAUGAUUGACUUGCUGAGUUGUAAUGUACUAAAUGUUCAGUAUUUUUAACAGAUUGUACACGCUGACCAUCCAGUCUAUAUGAAAGGUUUUGUCUCACUUGCCGUCCUAGCCUCAUAUUUAUUAUUCUUUGACAUUUUCCAGUCAAACGAAAUGCCUGUGGAGCACCUCUAUUCAAUCGCUUGUUUUUAUCCACUUCCACAUCAGUCAGCUAUUCUUCCAUCAGCCCCCCGAUGGACGUGACAUUGUGAAUGCGCCUGUCACAAGAGAAGAGCAGCUGAUAAAAAAGAGGGUUACCAGAACUGUGAAAACGGCACACAGGUCAGGACUUCCUUUGGCUCUGAAUGAAAACACCCAUAGUGCUGAAUGGAUUGGAUUCAGACCGAGAAUCUUUAUCACAACGCCUGUGGGUCCAUCUGCCCCCCUCCCCCCGCCAUGUUGAGUAGAGGACUCAGACAGAAGCAGAGGGAGCUGUCUGCAUCUGUGUCCCUGAAGGAUGUGUGUGUGUGUGUGUGUGUGUUGUCACCUUGAACAUCCAUCACUGCUCUUUCUUUUAGUUCUCUCAGGAAAUAUUGUGUUGUCGUGGCAGGGAUGAACACUUUUGAGGUCAUCUCCCUUCUUGGUGGCACGGCUGGGAAACGAACCGAUGAAAAAGAUAAACCUGGUGAAAAUGAUUUGGAAAAAAAAUGCCAUUACAGUUUUUUUUUGUAAAUGCUGUGAGUGUUUGCUUGAGCUUGCUCCAAGAACCAGCUGGGGAGUUCUUUUUUCAUUCUUAGGCUAACCAGUUGGUUCUGGUUUGGCAAGCGAGCUCACUCAACCACAACAUCGUAUUUGAUUGUAUUUGGUGUAGUUUGAUAUCCCAUUAGAGGUACCACUACCAGGCUAAACUUAUGUAAAACAAAGCCAUCAUCAGUAUGAUCCAUUGUAGAGUGUAGAUCUUACACUUUUAUAUCAGUUUGGGUAUAAAAUCCAAAUGUGUUUGUUUGUAAUGUAAA